CAAGAAGACAUAUUUGUCUUAGCUUCUCGGGUGGAGUGCCUUACCUAUCACAGCAUCUCAGACAUGCAGGAGGAAGAAACAUACACCUCUCUUCAGUGGGAUGAUCCAACACCAAGCCCUUACCAGAAACAUCUGUCUUCCACCAAAUAUUCAGGAGCAUGGUGUCUGGUGAUGGUGAUUUCAUGUAUUCUCUGCGUGGGCUCAGUAACAACUUCUGUUUUCUUGGGGAUCAAGUUGUUCCAGGUAUCCACUAUUGCAAUGAAGCAGCAAGAAAAACUCAUCCAUCAGAACAGAGCACUGUUGAAUUUCACACAAUGGAAGAGAAACCAUGACCUUCAGAUGAAGUAUUGCCAAAACUUGAUGCAAAACUCUUUCAGUUCAGCCCAUAACUGCAACCCUUGUCCAGACAACUGGAUUCAGAAUGGCGGAAGUUGUUACCAUGUCUUUGAAAACUGGAAAUUCUGGCACACCAGUAAAGAGGACUGUUUGAAGGAGGGUUCUAAUCUUCUACAAAUAGACAGCAAAGAAGAAAUGGACUUUAUCACCGGCAGCCUGAGGACGGUCAAAAGAGGCUAUGAUUACUGGGUGGGGCUGUCUCAGGAUGGACUCAGCAGAGCUUGGCUUUGGGAAGAUGGCUCCUCUCCUUCCCCUCACCUAUCACCAAUACAGACACUCCAAUCAACUGACCAGCUCUGUGGAUAUCUCAAGGACAAUUUCCUUUCUUCUGCUAACUGCAGCAUUUGGAAAUUUUUUAUCUGUGAGAAGUAUGCAUUAAGAUCCUCUAUCUGAAAGAAAUUGUACCAGAAGAGAUCUAUUACGAUAGUAUGUUGAACAGGACAUUGGAAAACCUGCCACAAAAUUGCAAAGAGCAAGUGCAGAAGUAAACCCAAGUGUGGGCUAUGAAACUACCUACCUGUACUCAAAACCUAUCUCUACAUUUACACUGGGCAAUUUUCUUCAAUACUUUCCAGACCUUCAUUUGACAUUGUUUAAACUGCCAAGAAUAAAACCAAUUUAUAGCUACAGAGGACAAAAUCCUAAAAGGUUGAGAACAAACUGAAGAAAAAUUAUUUCUUUGUGUUUUGUUUGUUUGUUUGUUUUUCUAAUCUAGAGUGACUAUACACUCCACACAAAAAUCUAUAAGCCACUGGGGGGAGAUGAUGCAUUUCUAGCUGACUGAUUUUUAAAAAAUUAAUA